AUGGAGUCUGACACCGGAAGAGGUCAAGAGGCCGGCAACUCCGGCCAAGGUUCUGGGGCAAAGGAGCGUUUCCCUCGCAUUGCUGCGGAGAAGCGAGGCCCUUGCCGGAAGCGGGCUCUGGACACGGUGGACCCGGAUCCAUACGUGCACUGGACCGACCUCAAGAUGGGCCGCACCCACACCUCGCGCCCCGGUCCGGGCCACGCUACGCCGCUGCAGGCCGAGGUUGGCCGCGAGUUCCUGGAGAAACUCACCUCCCAGGGCAAGAAAAAGAAGGCGCCGGCAUCUGAAGCCGGCCCCAGCGAGGCUCCUCCCGCCAAGCGCCCCCGGCAAGAAGUUGUCGGCGGGAAGACGGUCUCCAAGAAGCAGUACAAGAAGCGGCAGAUGCUGCCCUGCGCUCAAGCUCUCCAAGAGCGCCAGCGGCAUGAGGCCGGAGAGCUCCGAGGGAGCCGCAAGGACCUCACCUCCUCCUCACUCAAGCCCGGCUCAGCUCCAGGCCAGGACGCACCCGACGCCCGCUCGUCGCCCAAGACUAUGCCCGCGCCUCCACCAGAAGCUCCCACCGGCGAGCCAACUGGGCCCAAGCCAACGCCGCCGCCCAGCAAAGGACCCACCGCGGCCGAGCUCAUGCCGCCUCCAAGCCAAGGACCCACUGCGGCCAAGCCGCCGCCGCCAGAAGGCACCAAGCCCCUCAAGCCGGAACCUUCCAAGGCGAAGGCCACGGCUUCCGGCACUCCUACCUCCGGCCCACAGCCCUUGGUGCUGCACGCCGGCCGCGCCGCUAUCGUGGCCGGAGAAACGGCUUCCGGUCAGCUGGGCCAAAUCACGGAGCUGGCGUGCGGAGGCAACGAGCUGGGGCAUUUGCUCGAAUACAUUGAGAAGUGGAAUUGA